AUGUCACUGAGCUGCCUACAUCUGCAGAUGAAAGGGGCCUUGGAGGACAUCUGGCUCAAAUUUCUCACUUUGGAGACCUGCUCUUCCCACUCAGUGACCUUCAAUCUCCCUAAACCUUUUGAUUCUCCAGGUCCCAAUUCCCAAUGUCUUGACGGUGAAAUAGAAUGCCCCACAAGGACAUUUUUUGUGGUUGGCUCUCAGCAGAUCAUUCAGACCCAGCAGGGAGAUGAUAUCAUACUCUCCUGUCGCCUCUACCCUAACAUGGAUGCUAGAAAGAUGGCUAUUGCAUGGUAUCAAGGACAGAUCCCUGUGCACAGCUACUCCAUUGAAAAUGGUGUGAAGGAAAUCGAGGGCCCUCAGUUCCAAGGGAGAACAGAGCUGCUCAAAGAUGAGAUGGCUGAGGGGAAGGUGACCUUGAAAAUCCAUCAGGCACAGGCAUCUGACAAUGGGAUCUAUACCUGCCGUUUCCAGGCACCUGACUGUAACAAUUGGGCCUACUCUGUCCUACCAGUAACAGAAUGCCUAAGAAGGAAGUUCUUUGUGAUUGGCUCUCAGCAGAUCAUUCAGACCCAGCAGGGAGAGGAUAUCAUGCUCUCCUGUCAGCUCUCACCCAACAUGGAUGCUAGAAAGAUGACUGUUGAAUGGUAUCGAGGACAGACCCUUGUGCACAGCUACUCCAAAGGAGUGAAGGAUAGCAAGGAAAUCGAGGGCCCUCAGUUCCAAGGGAGAACAGAGCUGCUCAAAGAUGGCAUGGCUGAGGGGAAGGUGACCUUGAAAAUCCAUCAGGCACAGGCAUCUGACAAUGGGAUCUAUACCUGCCGUUUCCAGGCACCUGACUGUUUCCAUUGGGCCUACUCUGUCCUACCAGUAACAGAAUGCUUCAGAAGCACAUUCUCUGUUACUGGUUCUCAGCAGAUCAUUCAGACCAAGCAGGGAGAAAAUAUCAUACUCUCCUGUCAGCUCUCAUCUAACAUGGAUGCUAGAAAGAUGACGAUUGCAUGGUUUCAAGGACAGACCCUUGUGCACAACUACUCCAUUGAAAAUGGUGUGAAGGAAAUCGAGGGCCCUCAGUUCCAAGGGAGGACAGAGCUACUCAAAGAUGACAUGGCUGAGGGGAAGGUGACCUUGAAAAUCCAUCAGGCACAGGCCUCUGACAAUGGGAUCUAUACCUGCCGUUUCCGGUCACCUGACUGUUUCAAUUGGGCCUACUCUGUCCUAGCAGUAGCAGUUUCCCCAACACUUCCAAGACUAUGCUUGGGAACUUUGGGAAUGUUUGGGAACACGGGGAACAUUGCUUAA